CGACAGCGAACUCGGACUGCGCAGCGGCACACGCGCAGUCCGACGCGCCGCGACAGGAACUAAUCCAAGUACGUCUCGGAUUAACGCUUCUCCUUUUUAUUUUUGGUAUUAUCCCAAUCUCUACCGGAAGAAGCGGCGGCACGCCCCCCCGCGUUGAUUAGGUACCCCCCCCCCCCUCCUCCUCCUCCUUCUUCUCCUCCUCCUCCUCAGUCGAUGAUGGUUCUUGAGGAAGAAGAUGCGCCUGUCUGACCUUCGCCUCCGCUCAUCCGCACCGAAGCCUCUUGAAGCGCCGCCGGAGCGGCUCGGCCCCCGCCGCCGCUUCCCUUAGCUUCACCCUCCUCCCCCACCAGCACCACCAGCACCACCACCAGCCCCCAACCCCCCCCCGGUUGUUUAUUUAUUUUUUCCCCGCAUCGAAACGCAGGUGCUCGGAGCGCCGAACCAGCCCGUUAUAAUCUUUUCAGAUUUUUUUUUUCCUGUCUAAUCGAUCAAGACCGAGGCCGAUGCCCCUCGCUCUGUCCUCCCGGCUUGUACUAUGGUGGAGUUUCCAUCUCUCAGUCCCUACUGGCCUCUCAUCCGCUUUCUGGUGCCUUUGGCGAUCACCAAUAUCGCCAUCGACCUCGGAGAACAGGCCCUCAACCGGGGCAUAGCCACCGUCAAAGAGGAUGCCAUCGAAAUGCUGGCCAGCUACGGCCUGGCCUACUCCCUGAUGAAGUUCUUCACCGGACCCAUGAGCGACUUCAAGAACGUGGGUCUGGUGUUCGUCAACAGCCGCAGGGACCGGAGGAAGGCCGUGCUGUGCAUGGUGACGGCCGGGGUCAUCGCGUUCGUCCUCCACAUCUUGAUAGCUUACACAGAUUUAGGAUACUACAUCAUCAACAAGCUCCACCAUGUGGACGAUUCUGUGGGCGGGAAGACGAGGAAGGCUUUCUUAUACCUGGCCGCGUUCCCUUUGCUGGACGCAAUGGCUUGGAUUCAUGCCGGGAUACUUCUCAAGCACAAGUACAGCGUCAUAGUAGGCUCCGCCUCCAUCUCCGAUGUCGUGGCCCAGAUCGUGUUCGUGGCCAUCCUCCUCCACAGCAACCUGGAGUGCGUGGAGCCCCUGCUCAUCCCGAUCCUCUCCCUGUACAUGGGCGCCUUGGUCCGUUUCACCAUCGUCGGCCUGGGCUACUACUGCAACAUCCACGACAACAUCCCGGACUCCAGCGGACUGGACGUGGGCGGUGACGCAACUAUCAAAAAGAUGCUGAGUUUCUGGUGGCCCCUCGCCCUCAUCCUGGCCACUCAGCGGAUCAGCCGACCCAUCGUCAACCUCUUUGUGUCCCGCGACCUCAAAGGGACCGCCGAUGCCACAGAGGCCGUGGCCGUCCUCACGGCCACGUACCCCGUGGGUCACAUGCCCUACGGCUGGUUGACCGAACUGAGGGCCGUGUACCCCGCCUUCGACAAGAACAAUCCCAGCAACAAGCUGAACGCUGGGACCCCCGUCACCAAGUCGCAUAUUAAAAAGUUUACAGCUUGCUGUCUGGCUCUAUCGCUCACGCUUUGCUUCGCGGUGUUUUGGACUCCUAACUUCUCGGAGAAGAUCCUGGUGGAUGUCAUCGGAGUGGACUACGCCUUCGCCGAUCUCUGCGUGAUCCCGCUCCGAAUCUUCUCCUUUUUCCCCGUGCCAGUAACCGCUCGGGCUCAUUUGACUGGAUGGCUCAUGACCCUGAAAAAGACCUUUGUGCUGGCGCCCAGCUCUGUUCUCCGCAUCAUUGUCCUCAUCACCAGUCUAGUUGUGCUGCCUUAUAUGGGGGUUCACGGGGCCACGCUCGGGGUUGGAUCCCUCCUGGCCGGCUUCAUAGGAGAGUCGACAAUGGUUGCCAUAGCGGCGUGCUAUGUUUACCGACAACAGAAAAACAACGAGAUGUCCAACGAGCUGGUGGUGGAGGGCGAGGACGCCGCCCCGAUGAGCGAGGUGUGCUCCAGGGCCCAGAUGGACGCCAUCGAGGAGCUCGCAGAGGAGGAGGAGGAGGAGGAGGGGCAGCAGUGAACGCUGCAUGGGGAAGGUGAAGCCGGCCUCCAUGUGAGAUCCUGCCGGAGAAGAGACUGCUGAGUGUUACAGCGCUGGAGGGGGGGAACCCGGGUAUGGUUUGUUUUCAGAGGUCCCCCCCCCCCCCGCCCCCCGACAGGCCGAGCCGAGUCAGAGGGACGACGUCUUCUUCACGCCGUUGAAACGCACACUGUAUAGAAAGCCAUGCACCUCCGAGUGUUCAUUCAUCCGUGUAAAUACCGUGACGUCUUCCGACCUUUUCCUCCGUUCUCAUAGUUUCGCGUCAUCAUAUCUGCUGGUGUAUUAAUCACUUUCACGUGUUUACUGGAGAACCGGGGGAAAGCGACACAGGAGAACUCUUCCUCCGACGAGGCCCGAAUGAAACGUCUGUCGAGUGCUAGUGGAGUUGCCUAAAUGCAAAGGUCAUUAUUUUAUGUUACUUUAUCAAAAAUUAUGCGGCAAGGCCUUGCUUGAGUUUAAAUAUAGAGAUGUUGUGGGACUUGUUGGGUUGUGCAAUCGUAUUUUACAUACAGCGGUGUACAGAUUAUCGUUUUGUAUAGUAAUGCAGCGUGUAUAUUGAGUCGCCCCGAGGGGUCGGGAAUCCCGUGUUACAUCAUCGCGUGUGUUACAGAAUACAGUUAUGAUCGUUCACUUCCCAUGCGGUCUGGGAGUCCAUCUACUUUUGUUUGGGAAAGCACUUUCCUGGUAGUGUUCAGACUGUCGUACGUACUGUACAUACUGUAUAGGCAUUCUUAUUUGGCAAAUAAAUUCCUUUAUUAUUA